UUUUUCCAUAAAUAGCUCUGCCUUGAUUUUUAAACCCAAGAUAGGAUGUCUCUACAAAGAAAAGUUUAUGCUAUCUUUGUUAUAUUAAUUGUAUUGGGGGCGAGUGAGAAAUGCUCAGGCACAAGGGUAGUGAGAACCAAAGCCCAGCUUCUUAAUUCUUUGAAUGAAAAAUAUGAUGGGAAUUCGAACGUGGUGGACGUUACAUCAUUUGGAGCAAAGGGCAAUGGAGUGACUGAUGAUACUAAGGCUUUUGAGGCAGUGUGGCAAGCAGCGUGCUCCAAGGCAUCCACAACUGUUCGCGUCCCUGCUGGUCACCGCUUUCUACUUGGGCCUGUCACCUUCUCCGGACCCUGCCAAUCUCACAUAAUCUUUCAGGUUGAUGGAAGUAUAAUUUCACACUUGAAUCAGCACGCCUGGGCUUCUAAUUUGUUGCAAUGGAUUAAUUUUUCAAAACUAAAUGGGAUUACGAUAGUGGGUAAUGGAGUUAUUGAGGGACAAGGAGCGGCUUGGUGGAAGCUUUCCCAAUACGACGAUGAGUCUCAGGAGAGCAGCGAUUUCGGAAGCAGUUUGCUGAGCGUGAGGCCCACGGCAAUGAGAUUCUACGGAAGCUAUGACGUGAGCGUACAGGGCAUCACAAUACAAAACAGUCCACAAUGUCACCUCAAAUUUGAUAGUUGCACUUCUGUAAAAGUAGCUGGUGUGACAAUCUCCUCUCCAGCAGACAGUCCGCGCACAGACGGAAUUCAUCUUCAAAACUCUCGUGAUGUUGAAAUCCACCAUUCUUCCAUGGCAUGUGGAGAUGAUUGCGUUUCGAUCCAAACAGGCUGCUCAGGCAUCCGCGUCCACAACAUCAAUUGCGGCCCUGGUCACGGUAUAAGUAUUGGAGGACUUGGAAAAGAUGGAACGAAGGCCUGCGUUUCCAACGUGAGCGUCUACGACAGCAACAUCCAAGAUGCUUUCAAUGGCGUCCGCAUCAAAACAUGGCAGGGUGGAGUUGGGUCGGUGAAAGGCGUGUCAUUCUCCAACAUACAAGUUUCGAACGUGAGGGUUCCUAUUGAUAUCGAUCAAUUCUACUGUGAUAAAAAUGCGUGCCCCAAUAAAACAUCCAAUGUAUUUAUAACGGACGUGACAUACGAAAAGAUCAUCGGGACAUAUGUGGACAAACCACUUUAUUUCGCCUGUAGCAAUGAUGUUCCAUGCACUGAUUUGAAGUUGAUCAACAUUCAACUAAAACCUGCGGUUGCAUACCAUAACGAUCCCUUCUGUUGGAAUAGCUAUGGGCAAUCAAGUUUACAAUCCACUGUUGAUUGCCUGCGUUCUGGAAGACCCCUCAACGAUCCCGCCCGCACUCAAUCACGCGCAGAUGCGUGCUAAAGAUUGUAAACUUCAAUGUAAGCAUCUUAGACUACUAUAGAAAUCUAAUGGUAUGUAUUCUUGAGUUUGUCUAGUGGUAGGGAAUUUGUGCUCUUGAAAGAGAGGUCACAAGUUCAAAUCUCACAAUGGACAAGUUAUGUAUGCCUAAUUUGUAAUGUAGUUAGGUACCUCUGCAAGGAAUAGGAGGUAGUCCCAUAUUGCUCUAACCCAUCUGUAGACUAAUAUGUAUAUAUAUUGUUGAGAUUAUGAUCUAUAAAAGACCCUUUCCUUUCUUUUUUUUC